AGCUCAUAUAGACACACGCAACGCCGUGCCUCUCAGUGGCAAGAUGGUCUCGUUCGUCGGUGUGUAUAGUUUUGGGUUCGUAGCCGCGACGGUUUGCGUUUUUCUUUUGACAUACAUCACCUACCAGCUGCUGAAAAACUACCUUCACAAAUGGAAGGAACUGAAGCCAGUCCCGGGCAUUGGAAACACAUAUCCGUUCAUCGGGGACGCGCUGCAGUUUAAAUCGAACGCGGGAGAUUUCUUUUGUCAGGUGGUUGGCUACACAAAAGAAUUCUGGGAUUCUCCUCUGUUUAAAUUAUGGAUCGGACCUAUUCCAUUUCUCAUCUUAUACCAUGCUGAGACUAUCGAGACAGUGCUCAAUAACCCCGUUCACAUGGACAAGGCCUACGCAUACAAAUUUCUGCACCCCUGGCUGGGAACAGGACUACUCACAAGCACUGGGGAUAAGUGGAGACACAGACGUAAGAUGUUGACCCCGACAUUUCAUUUCUCUAUACUAACUGAGUUCCUGGAGGUGAUGAAUGAACAGGCAGAAGUGCUCAUAGAGAAACUUCAGAAACAAGCUGGAAAAGGCUCUUUCAACUGCUUUAACCACAUCACUCUCUGUGCCCUUGACAUCAUUUGUGAGACUGCCAUGGGAAAGAAGAUCUAUGCACAGAGCAACCAUGACUCUGAGUAUGUGCGCAGUGUGUACAGAAUGAGUGACAUCAUUACCAAGCGCCAGAGGAUGCCCUGGUACUGGCCUGAUUUUGUGUAUAACUAUUUUGGUGAAGGCAGAGAACACAACCGUAGUUUGAAAGUCCUUCACUCCUUCACAGAGAGUGUGAUUAACGAGAGGGCAGAGUACAUUAACUACAUUGAGUCUGACAGUGAAUCAGAUCAGGGAAUGAGAAAAAGACGGGCUUUCUUGGACAUGCUGUUAAAAACAACAGAUGAGGAUGGGAAAAAGUUAACUCACAAAGAUAUCCAGGAGGAAGUGGACACCUUUAUGUUUGAGGGUCAUGACACAACAGCGGCUGCCAUGAACUGGGCUAUACACUUGUUAGGCUCCCAUCCUGAAAUCCAAAAAAAGGCGCAACAAGAACUAUUUGAGGUUUUUGGCGAGUCUGAGAGGCCAAUUAACACAGAGGAUUUAAAGAAACUGCGUUAUCUGGAGUGUGUGAUAAAGGAGUCUCUGCGUCUCUUCCCUUCUGUUCCGUUUUUUGCCCGAACCAUCUGUGAGGAUAUGAAGAUCAAUGGCUAUAAAGUUCCUAAAGGAGCAAAUGUCAUCAUCAUAACUUAUGCCCUUCACCGUGACCCUCGCUUCUUCCCUGACCCUGAAGAGUUCCGUCCUGAGCGUUUCAUGCCAGAGAACUGCGUCGGUCGACAUCCUUAUGCCUUCAUUCCGUUCUCUGCCGGCCUUCGCAACUGUAUCGGUCAGCGUUUUGCUAUAAUGGAGGAAAAGGUUAUUCUGGCUUCUAUUCUGCGCUACUUUAACAUAGAGGCAUGUCAAAAGAGGGAGGAACUCCGUCCAGUGGGCGAACUGGUACUGCGACCAGAGCGAGGCAUCUGGAUCAAGUUGGAGCGCAGAAAGCACUAAGCACACACAUCUAGUCAAGAAGAGAAUUCAUUCAAAAUGGAAAUAUUGUAUACUGAAUGACACAAACCUUAAUUAACAUAAAGCCCAAU